AUGGCACCCAGCCAGAAUGGCAUGACCCUGAAGCCUGACUUCCACAAGGACAGGCAGCCAGCUGGUGCAGAAGAUCCACAAUGCCCUGUAUGUGGACCCAUCCAGCCCACUGUGAGGUGCUCUAUGGUGAGGGAUCACACCAAAGUGCAAGCUGGCAGGGGAUUCAGCUUGGAAGAGUUAAAGGGUAGAAGGGUGGCUGGCAUUCACAAGGUGGCGGCACGGGCCAUUGGGAUUUCAGUAGAUCCCAGAAGGUGGAGCAAGUCCACUAAGACCCUGCAGGCCAACAGCAUGUUUCAGCUGAAGGAGUACCACUCUAAGCUCAUCCUCUCCCCCAAGAAGCCCUCAGCCCCCAAGAAAGGAGACAGCUCUUCUGAAGAACUCAAAUUGGUUACCCAGCUGACAGGACUGGUCAUGCCUGCAGGGAAUUCCUUUAAGAAGGAGAAAGCUAGAGUCAUUAUAGAGGAGGAGAAAAACUUCACCAGUGUUACCAUGUCCCAUGCCAGGCUCUUUGGCAUCCAGGCAAAGCAGAGCCAAGGAAGCUACAGAACAGGAUAUUGA